GUUGCAGAAGCAGCAGAAUUCGCCGAAGAUCAAAGCCUAGAUUCCUCUGCAAUAUCUUUGCACUGAUAUUUAGUUGGGCUGAAAAAAAAACAUUUCUUGGCCGACGUGUUAGUUUAAUUUUUUUUUUUUUUUUAUAACAGCUUUCUGCAACCUAGGGUGUAAAAAAACAACGCAGUAGUAGAUCCUGCGGCUUGUAUAAUGAUGUUACAUAUAACAUCGUACGUACUUCUUCUUGAUUUAUUCAUUGGACAUCAUUUAGCAUUUGCUCAAACAGAAAAAGAAUGCAACGAUGUGGUUCUUCAGCAGGGGCAAAAUUAUCCUCUAGAAGUCAUUAACGCGUGUGCUCAAAGAAGAUUGAGACAAAACUCGCCGUCAGGAGCUUUAAAUUCUCCAUGCACCGCUGAACCAGAUUGCGGAGUUGAAACCUGCGUGUUUGGCUUUCGUAAAGACGCAUCUGGUUGUCGUGUUUCUUGCCAAUGCAGCGAUGGCGAAGGUUUGUAUGAAGGCGACAUCGAACUGACAGAUCUUACCAAAACCUUCCUGUUGAAAAACGUCGACACAGGCGUCCCGACUCCCGCACCCACCUAUGACCCACUUGUACAACAUGCUGCAGGAAGGUCCAUCAGGUUGUGGAACAAUAUAAGAGAAGGAAAUAACUUUGUCGUCCCCUACGCGGUAUCUAGGGGCAUUGGAUCAAGUGGACGAGCGGCGAUUGCUGCUGCAGUUCGUGACUUCGACGCCAACACCUGCAUACGGCUUCGACCCAGCACACGAUACUCGGGGCGGCCAUAUCUGUAUAUGUAUCCAGGUGGAGGAUGCUCUUCACCUGUAGGAAGGCAAUCGUCCAGACAACAAGUAUCUUUGGCUUCUGGUUGCUGGCAGAAAGGGACAGUAAUCCACGAGAUUCUACAUUCACUGGGUUUUUGGCACGAACAAAGUCGACCUGACCGAGAUUCGCAUGUAAGGAUCAAUACAGCCAACAUAUUCAGAGGCAUGGCGUACAACUUCAACAAAAUGUCGAACCGACAAAUCAAUUCGCGAAACUCUCCUUACGACAUUGGAUCAGUGAUGCAUUACAACAGCUACGCAUUCUCUUCCAAUCGUAGACCUACCAUUACAGACCUGCAAGGAAGGCCUAUUACUACUCAGAGAAACGGAUUUUCCCGUCAAGACCUUAUCCAACUGAAUGCCAUGUAUGGUUGUACCACAACAGGAACCGGUGGGGGUGGAACUGGCACCGGUGGGGGCGGAACUGGCACCGGUGGGGGCGGAACUGGCACCGGUGGGGGCGGAACGGGUACCGGUGGAGGCGGAGGAGCGGCGGCGGCGGCGGCGGCGGCGGGGAAGUUGCGUAGACAAAAAUUCUUUGUGCUCUUCAUGGGCUCAAAAUGGAGAGUGCAGAAACAACCCGAGGUACAUGCUCCCAAACUGCUGUAGAAGCUGUAGAGGUGGCACCACAUGUACCGACAACAGCGUCAACUGUCCAGUAUGGGCGAGGCGUGGUGAAUGCCAGAAUAACCCGAGAUGGAUGACGCCCAACUGCUGCCGAAGCUGCAGAGCUUCACCUACCAGACCACCAACAACAACCCCAAGACCUCGGCCAACCUCAUGCUCCGACAAAAGUCGUAAUUGUCCUGCGUGGGCCCGAGCUCGCUACUGUAGUGCGCGACUCUACGCAUCAUGGAUGUCAAUCAACUGCCAGCGAAGUUGCAAUCGGUGCAGCAGAGGUUAAUCGUCUCCUUGACGUUUGUCGUCGCCUUAAUUGCUCGUGACGACAAUUAAGAUGGUCAAUUCUAUUCUAAAUCAGUUUUAAUGACUUUUAAUUGACAACUUGUUUAAAUUUUAAUGUUUUGUUAGUUCUUUAUAUCGCCUCAGUCAUUUUAGUGCAACGGUCUGUGCUGUAAACAUGCACAGAGCAAUUAACCCACUUUACUAUUCUCCACGAAGCUGUUUGAACGUUUGUAAUUAACAAGGGUUGUUUACCGAUUGUUUACAGCACCUAAUGACUUCCUAUGCGCGCUCCUUCAUUCGUAUUAUGGCCACGCAAGAAUGCCGUAUGGAAUAUGUUCAAUCUCAACCCCCAUUCACCAAUCAUUUCCACGAAAAUCUGGAUUUUCGUCUAGAUUUCCGUAACUGUGUUCCUUAGCCUUUAUUAGCAUAGAGGGAACUGAAUGUGUAGAUGUAGUUGUUUGGAAUGAAAGCGUAUUUUGUUGCAUGCUUGACGUGGCUUUUGUUUUUGUUCAUUAUUCAAGAAAUAAAACAAUUUUAUCAA